CGAGCUUCUGUGAAAGAACAGGAAGAAAGGAAAAAACAGUAAAAAUGGUGCGAAAGAGAUUGCUGAUGCUGUUGAAGCCAUCUGACGUGUACCCUUCUCGUGGGUCGUCCUCUGUUCACUCCGUCUCCUCCAACCGCCGCAAGGUUACAAUUGUUAUUUUCCUCCUGAGCACAUUUCAGGUAUUAAAAUACUUACACGACAGGACAUUAGCCCACAAGCACGCCAUUAACUUGAUCCAGAACAUUCUGGAGAAAAAAGCUGUCGACUGGAAGGCUUUCUUCCGUAGUGAUCUAUCUGAGCCCAUCCAUGAUGUCGAUUUCGUCAUCUCGGUUGGAGGGGAUGGUACGUUAUUACAAGCAAGCCAUUUAAUGGAUGAUAAGAUUCCGGUGCUAGGAGUCAAUUCUGAUCCCACUCGACCAGAGGAGGUGGCGGAACUAAGCGAAGAAUUCGAUGCCACGAGAAGCACGGGCUACCUUUGUGCUGCCACAGUCGACAACUUUGAACAUAUGUUAGAUGGGAUCCUUGCGAAUCGCGAAGAACCAUCUGAAUUAGCAAGGAUGGCUAUUACUAUAAACUCGAAACCCAUCUCAACUUUGGCUCUAAACGAUAUUCUACUUGCUCAUCCAUGCCCCGCAACAGUUUCUAGAUUCUCAUUCAGGAUUAAGAAAAACGGGGAGCCUUUCUCAUCCUUACAGCACAGUAGAUCAAGUGGCUUAAGGGUCUCGACAGCCGCUGGAUCAACGGCUGCAAUCCACUCGUGCGGUGGAUCAAUAAUGCCGAUUUUGUCUAAGGAUCUUCAGUAUAUGGUGAGGGAGCCGAUUUCUCCAGGGACAAACAAAAAUUCAGUGCAUGGGUUUGUGAAGUCGAAUGAUAGUAUGGACAUCUCGUGGUUUUGUAAGAAAGGUUUGUUGUACAUUGAUGGCUCUCAUGUGGUGCACUCUGUGCAGCUUGGGGAUAGUAUAGAACUGUCCACAAAGGGCCCGCCGUUGAAAGUAUACUUGUCGAAUCAUUUGUUAUCACAAUGCAGGAAUGAAUGAAUGAAUGAGUAUAUAUAUAGUGUGGUUUUGAGAUAUAUUAUUAUGUCUGGUCGAUGGGAAUUGUGAAUCGGGACUUCCUAAGUUUUGACCUAAUAACGUUCCGGAUGAUAAUAGUGUUUUUUGAAGAGGCAGUAGUUGCUCCUUUAGCAGCAUUGAACCGUUUCUUCCCUCAUAUGCACACCAGAUAAGUUUGUAGUUUGUAAAAUUAUGUCGGCAAAUUUGUAAGGAAG